UAUUUGAGGACAGUGAAGAGACAGAGGGCGGGGAACCAUGGAGAGUGAAGAGCAGAGCGGCUCAUUCAGUCGGUAGAUAAGUUUAUUUCUGAGGAAUUUUUUUUUAGUUCUCAGGAAGUGAGGUGAACUUCCCCUCGGAAGUAGACGUGGCCGGCUUUUGGAUGUGAGGGGACUGGAGGCUUCAGGAGUGCCCGCCGCCGCCCCCGCCCCGGCCGGGCUUGACGAGAUGAGGCGGCGGCAGUUACUGCAGCAGCGGGGUGCGGCGGUGUGGUUGCUGUGGGGGCUUCUGGAGGCGGCGGCCACGGCGGCUGCGGGAGGCAGAUCGCUCCCGCAGUUCAGCGAUGACGUCCUUUUCCGAGUCAACUGGCCGGGCAGCGAAUUCAGCCUGCCUGGUGCAGGGGUGCUGUACAGAGAAGAUCAUUACGUUAUUAUGACAACUGCAGAUAAAGAAAAAUACAAGUGUGUUCUUCCAGCCAUAGCCAGUAGAGACGAGGAGGAAGAAAAGGAUUACAAAGGGCCAAGCACUGCGGAAUUGUUGGAGCCUCUUUUUAAACAAAGUAGCUGUUCUUACCGAAUUGAAUCCUAUUGGACUUAUGAAAUCUGCCAUGGUAAACAUAUUCGUCAGUAUCAUGAAGAAAAGGAAACUGGGAAGAAAACAAAUAUCCAAGAAUACUAUCUUGGGAACAUGCUGCGGAAGAGCCCAUUACAUGAUCCAGAACAAGAGGAUAAUGACAAUGAAAAAGACAGUGGAAAAGAGAUUCCUACAAAAAAUAUAGAAGGACAGAUGACUGCGUACUAUCCAGUCGAAAUGGGCAAUGGCACACCAUGUAGCUUGAGACAAAACCAACCCAGAUCAAGUACAGUUAUGUAUGUGUGCCAUCCUGAGUCAAAGCAUGAGAUCUUAUCUGUAGCAGAGGUCACUACAUGUGAAUAUGAAGCCGUCAUUUUAACCCCCUUGUUAUGCAGCCAUCCAAAAUAUAGGUUCAGAUCUUCUCCUGUGAACGACAUAUUUUGUCAAUCGCUGCCAGGCUCCCCUCUGAAGCCUCAUAACUUGGAGCAGCUGGAGAAGCAGCAAGAAAUGCUGAAGAUGCCUUUGAGAAGGGCCAAAGAGUUUCAGGAAGAAACUAGUUCAGCAAAGGAAGAUAAAUUUUCAUCCAUUCACAAACCAGUUGCUGUUGGAAGUAACCAGCUGUUGACAGUUGGCACAACACACAUCUCCAAACUGACAGAUGAACAGCUCAUCAAAGAAUUCCUUAGUGGUUCUUACUGUUUCCAUGGGGGAGUUGGCUGGUGGAAGUAUGAAUUCUGCUACGGCAAAUACGUACAUCAGUAUCACGAGGAUAAGGAAAAGGGCAAAACAACAGUAGUUGUGGGGACCUGGAAUAAGGCAGAACAUAAUCACUGGGCACAGAACAAUGAGGCCCGAGCAUAUCAGCUAAGAGAUGAUGGCCAGAAAGCUGUGAAAACAGUGUCUCACUAUUAUGGAAACGGAGAUCCAUGCGACUUAACUGGCAAGCCCCGACAGGUGACAGUGAAGUUGAAGUGUAAAGAAUCGGAUUCUCCUCAUGCAGUAACCGUGUAUAUGUUAGAACCACAGAUCUGCCUGUACAUCCUUGGGGUGGAGUCACCAGUAAUCUGCAAAAUUUUGGAUACUGCAGAUGAAUAUGGACUGCUUUCAGUGCCCAGUUAGCAGAGCGCAGAAGAUAUAAAAGUUCGGAGCCUUGAAAGCUGCAGAAAGAAAAGGACACAGAGUACUCUCCCCCUGAGCCAACAGCAGAGAGGAGAGAUGAGCCAGAAAGACCACACCAGCAGACCCAUAUAAGAAGCAAAGAAUUAUCAUGACCACUUUGUGAAUAUUAUAUGUAUAUAAGAGGCUAUUGAUAAACCUUUUAAAAGUAAAAUCUUAUAUUGAACAUU